CUUAUCAGAUGCCGGCAGUCGCAAAGUCAGACAGGGUGAGGCAGAAUAGCAGCAGAGGGAAAAGAGUGAACACGUACUCGGUGUGCGUAUCAUUUUAGAGAGGAGAGACAGCCAGACAUCCCAUGAGGCCAGUUCCUUCUUCCGCGAGACUAGAGCUUGUGAUCACUCAUCACCGCAGCUCCACCGAGGCACAGGAAGCAAGGAGGAUCCUCAAACACCACAGAGCUCCUUAAAAAAAGAGAGAGAGAGAGAACAUGCACAGGUGCUGCUAGAGGGAGAGAAGGGAGCGAGAAAGCAGAGAGGGGGGGGGUGCGGGGAGGUGUAGGAGGAGACUUGACUUGCUUCAGAAGGGAAUAGGAGCCGGAGAGCUAUUCCAAAACAGCUGUCCGGCAGACGUCCCAGUCGACAGAAGUGCAGCCCCGAGGCAAAGACAGGAGGCAGGGCAUUGUCAACAAGCCACAGGAGCCCAACAGCAGCCACUGAACACACACAUACAGACACACACACACACACACACACACACACACACACAUCAACCUGAGGCUGCAGCGUUCAGGAGAGCACCAGCGCCAGCCUUACCUGGGAUAGAUCCGGAUCUCCCCAAUCGGAAUACCUGAGGAAAGUGGCCAUUUGACCUUUCCACACCGGCGGACAUCACCGAUCCUGAAUCGAUGCGGCAAUUGCUGAAAUUAUUUCUGGAGUCCUGCCUGAGCAGUGUGUUACCGAGAAUGUAACUGGAGCUUCUCCCAGGGGGAACUGUCACGUCCAGAACUUGUAGAGCAUUUCCAACUCUUCUAUCUUGCACAUCUGAGAUCUCUUCCGCAGUUACAGCCAUGCCAGCGAAAGCACCCAUAUACCUGAAACCCACCAACAGUAAGAAGGGCAAGAAAUGUCGCCUCAGAGAUAUUUUGUCCCCAGACAUGAUCAGUCCACCGCUUGGGGACUUUCGCCACACCAUCCACAUCGGGAAGGGCGGGGAGAGAGACGCCUUUGGAGACAUGUCUUUCCUCCAGGGGAAGUAUGAACUCCUGCCAGGGAAGGGAGACGUCCAUCCUCAGUAUGGCAUCCAAAGUGAGUUUCUGAGAGCCAACAGCACCGGAGAUGCUUCCUUUGCCGAGACCCCCUCUCCGGUGCUCAAGAACGCCAUCUCCCUCCCAACUAUCGGUGGCUGCCAGGCGCUUACCCUUCCCCUGAUCUCCUCCACUGUGUUCUCCAUGCCCCUGGAGCCGUUGGAGGACAUCACAGGGUCCACAGCUCCCAUCAAACCUGACAGCACAGACGAGGUAGAGAUCCUGCAGAUGGAUGCUCUGUUGCGCUCCAUGGACGUCUUCAGCAGCGAGCCAUCGUCUCCCUCCGCAGGUAUCCAGACGAAGCCCGACGUCCUCCUGGAUCUGCUGGAAAACAAAAAUAAGUCCACCUCUAAAGCGGUUGCCAAAGCCAACAAAAUGAACAAGAGUGAAACCAGGUUUGACAAGCCAUCGUCCUAUUAUAUCAACGGUCACAGCAACAGCACCUUCAAAGCCAACGGAAGCCUGAACAGUAACAUGAGCAGCGACAGCUUUGACAGCUUUAAAGGGGACUUCCAGAACAAGAUCUGCAAUGGCAGCAAGAGUCUCAACGGCAACGGCAACUGCAAUGGUUAUGGACACUUUAACAAUGACGUUACCCUAGGCUUCAAGCCGGAGCUCUCAAAGUGCAAUGGAGAGUGGGUGGACAGGGACAGCGGAGUGGAGGAGGGACGCAUCUGUGAUUUUGAGUUUGACUUUUCCAAGGAGAAGAGCAUGUCGCAGGAUUCCCUCACCCAGAUCACGGGGUCAUUCCUCUCUCUUGAACUUGAUCUGGGCCCGUCCAUCCUGGAUGACGUGCUCAACAUAAUGGAUAAACCCGCAGCGAAGAGCAGGCCUUGAGCUGCGUUGAGGCCCCAGAAGGAGAAAGGGAAUUAUUAAACUAAAGCCAUGAGGAGAGAGAGACUCAAAAAGCAAUCAAAAUGGUGUCUGGAUAUAUCAUUGAGAUGGAAAAUGAGCUACGAUAGACAGAGCUGCUUAUGUUUUUAUUGUCAAAACAUAUAACUAUUCUAGCUUCUAUGGAGUGUUGAUCUUCUUCUUUCUUUGCCAUGCCAGCCGCAUGUUUAAGAUGCAUGUGCUAUUGAGUUACAGCUAAAACACAGCUAUCGUGCCUUUGAUUUUACAUUACUGUAAAAAUGCUAAAUGCUAGAUUUGUGUUCUUAUGUUGACUUCCACCGUAUAUACACACAAAAACUUUAAGGUCCUUUGCUUUUUAACACAGUCUUGAACAUAAUGCAUUUUGUGACUUUGAGUGUGUUUAACAAAACAUUAUUUUGUUUGUCACAUAAUUCAUUUGCCACAUUUCAAACAACAGAACACUAUGCAUAUUUGUGUUUUUAAAACUGUAACACAAAUAAAUUCUUCUCUUUUUUUUUUUCUCCUA